AUGAACCCGUCUGUCAAUACAACCUGCGGAAAUCUAGUCGUCGGUAUGGAUUACUGCAUUGCUACUGUUAAUGGCACAGCCCCUGUAACCUCCAGCAACUCCAACACUACGAUAUCUUUUGUCAGUGCACCCACUACCACCGUUACAGGGACAACAUCUAAGUAUUAUAAAUGGCACACCAUUGUCUCCGGCGAUACCUGCCAAAUAAUUGAAGCGGAGUACGGAAUCACUCUUGAUGUCUUUAGGGCAUUGAAUACCAACGAUUUCAUCCACAUCACAAUCCACCAGGGCUGCAAUCUCGACGACUAUCGCAAGUACGACUUCCACCUCCACAUCUGCGACGUCUGUCACAACGCCGACUCCGACCCAGACAGGCAUGGUGAGCGGAUUUGGGACCGCCUGGAGGCCCCUGGUUUUGUACGGUACACCCUCCCUGCGGCAUUGCUAGGUCUCGUAGCUAGGUCCACGUUUGGGUGGGGCGAUUCAGGAAAUUUCGGGGUACAAAGAAUUUCCGACCAUGGAUGGCCCGUUCGCGUCGCCAAAAUCCAUUUCCGCUUCUCCUUCGCUCGGGCACCUCAGAACAAGGGAGAAGAACCCUGGAAUCUCUAUCCGGGCGUUUUCAAUGCCACGAUACAUCUGAUCAUCUUUCCUCUGCUACUCAGUUUGGCCUACCUUUGGUAUCAAAAUACCGAAACUAUGUCUUCAUCUUACGAUGAGGGAAUAAUAGUCGCCGAAAUCACCACAAUUUAUAGCCUACUUCACAAGCUAAGCUACUUCAACCGACCUAGGGACGAGAUAUUUCCUUUUAACGAAAUUGCAUUCCCUCCUGCAGGUGGCCAUGUUAUUAAUGAGGAGUUAUGCUCUGAGCUCCACAUCGCCCCGGAGGUGGUAUCUCUUAUGAAGAAGAUUCCCUAUCCUGUUGACGGCUAUCAUAAGCCGCUCCUGUGGCAAUCCCGCGCGUUUGAAUACCUUUAUGACCAAGAGAUUAAGGAUGGCCGUGAUCCUGAAAAUGCUGAUACGGGCGAUGACGACGCGUUAAGAAUAGACUUUUUAAAACCGUGGGAGGUUGCACUAACUUGCUGGAUGCAUAUGGAUGAUGGGAUUUCGGUUAUUCUGAAUACUAAGUCAAAUAUUAUUCAAAUUAUUGAUGAAUCUGUGGAGAAUUUCCGGGAAGAAAGUACAGCUUACCAUGCCCCUACCUAUCUCCAGGGCAUUAUCGAUGGCAUUCGUAAUUUAGAAUCCAUCUAUCGUCCCAGUGGAUCUGAUAUGGGUUAUCUUGAGUUUCCGGGGUCACUGGAGCAAAUUGAAAUAAAGCGAAUUCUGAUCGAGGACUAUGAUUGGGGUACGGAGGGAUUUCGGGAGGAGGAUUGGCGACGAGAGGGAGAGGAGAUCUGUAAUAGGGUAUGUGAUGAGUGA